UGGAAGACCGAAGAGCCUUUAGGAGAGAACCCCGUCGCCACGACCACCUCUUUCGCCUCUCACAAACACCACAUCAAGCACUCUAUCAAUCACUCCAUGCAUGUAUAAUAUAUAGUUAAAUCCAAAAAUAAAACUAUAAGAGGAAAUGUUUUUGAAAAUUCGCUUUAUAUGCACAUUAAAGUACCUACCCUUCAUCAGGACUCGCCCGUCCUCUCCUUCUUAAUUGGGUUUGAAGAUCUACGAAUCUUGUUGGUAAUUCAACUCAAAAGUAUUGCCAGAAGGACUGAGGAAUUCUAGAAUCGUACAAGAUCAAGGAAAUAUUAAAUGCAAUUCUUGCUUUUCAAUUUUGGGGAUGUAGUUCACUGUGUGGUGCUAGGUUGCGACAAAUGGUGGUCGUAUUUGGAAGGUGAAAGAAAAAGGUGCCACCACCAUGGAAGCAAGGAGUGGUUUGGUUUUUCUUAUAGUUCGGUGAUUGGGUGUGCUGCAGAAGGUGAGGGUGUUAUCUUAGUUUCCAUAUAGGCACUAAAGCACAUGUGAGGGUGUGGACUUUGAUUCCAUAUAGGCGUUAAUGCACACUGGGAGGCGAGCUUCGAACUAACCCAUUAAUGCUGCUGUUGGGCAGCUCUGUUUCAAAAUUUUAAUUUGAUUUGAGGUCCCUGUCACCACUCAUCAGGCCUGUCCUCAGAUUAGGUCAAUGUGAUUUACUCACACAGACAAAACCAUUGAAGAGGGGAAUUUAAUGAAGCUUUAGUUCCCCUAUUCUAGUAUCUUUGACAUCAGUCAAGAAUAAAACACUUCUUUCUCUGGUUUGAAGACUCUGAUCUUCUAUAGGCUCGCAGCAGUAUAAGUACUUGAGAUGUAAGUUUGUAACGCACACAUUUGGCUUUGGGUACUAGUGCAUUUUCUGCAAUUGAACUGAAAAUCAUGCCAAAGCAAAGCAGGAAUAUUAGCUUUGCAAAUUGUGCUGCCUUAACCUUAAUUGGGGAGGCUGGAGGUUAUUUUAUUCUUGGCGGAGACCAUUUGAGCAGGCUUUGAACAUUGUUUUGCUUCCACCAUUACAUUUCUUUAUAGCUUUUAUACUGCGAGAUCGUAUUUUAUGUAUUUAAUCCGGCACUCGUAUCUAGCAACCUGGCUAAAACAAUUACAUUUAGCAGUUUGGUUACGAUGUGGUUCAUGCCGGUCAAUAUACUUCUGACUUUUGUCAUUGGCUCAGCACUAGGAUGGGUACUUAUAAAAAUCACCAGAACUCCCCAACAUCUGCAAGGCCUUGUGCUUGGCUGUUGUUCUGCAGGAAAUUUGGGGAACUUGCUUCUUAUUAUCAUCCCAGCAAUCUGUGAGGAGGAAGACAACCCCUUUGGAGAUUCUGACUGCUCUACAAAUGGGGAAGCUUAUGCUUCCCUUUCUUUGGCGAUAGGUGCUAUUGGCAUUUGGUCUUAUGUGUAUACCAUUAUGAGGAUAUCUGCAAAUAAGUGCAAAAAAGAAAUCAAUUUAGAUGACUCCACAAUCAGCAUAAGAACGUCUGGAGAAACCCUGGAAAUAUUAUCAGAGGGUUGCACAGAAGCAUUGCUUCCUUCAAAGGAUUGCCCAAGCUCCAGGGACUGUUCAGAUGAAGUUGAACUGACUCAUGCUGGAUCUGAGGGAAAACAAAAGGUGCCAUUCUUAGAGAAGAUUAAGCAGCAAGUUGAGAUACUUAUGGAAAAGAUUGACCUGAAGAAGGUGUUUGCCCCAUCUACUAUUGGAGUGAUUGUUGGUUUCUUCAUUGGAUUAAUCUCUCCAAUCCGAAAGCUAAUUAUUGGUGAUAGUGCUCCUCUUCAUGUGAUUGAGAGUUCUGCAUAUUUUGUGGGGGAGGCAGCAGUCCCAUCUACCACCUUGAUAAUGGGAGCAAACCUUCUUAAAGGUUUAAAAGGGUCAGACGUUAGCAUUGUUGUGAUUUUAGGGAUUAUGGCAGUUCGGUAUAUUGCUUUGCCUCUGUUGGGUGUUGUUGUUGUUAAAGCUGCACAUCAUUUUGGCCUGGUGGGAUCAAAUUCAUUAUUCCAGUUUGUUCUUAUGCUUCAAUAUGCACUUCCACCUGCCAUGAGCACUGGUACAAUGAGCCAGUUGUUUGAGUUUGGUCAAAGUGAAUGUUCGGUAAUCAUGCUAUGGACUUAUGUGGUUGCAGCAUUCAGUCUGACACUCUGGUCUAGCUUCUUCAUGUGGCUUGUAUCUUGAUUUGUAUUUUCCAUUUUUCCCACUUAGCUAUUGGACAUAUUUAGAGGAAUGGGGUACUACCUUUUUCAGCGGUAGAGGAUGGGGUGUGUGAUUUAUAUUUUUUAUGCUACAAUGAGUGUAUUUGAAUCAUAUUCCAAUGCUAGUAUUUUCUGUCA